AUGGAAGGCCUCAACCGCACUGAACCAAAGCAAGAGCAGCAGCAACAAAACUUCGUCUCUGAUUCCAGUCCAGAUACUUUGCCGCAACUGGAGCUGGAACUGCAACCGAAGGACUGCAAUAUGGCUCGCUUGAGGGAAGCAUCUCCGAUGUCUCGGAUCGCAUCUGAUUAUGAUCGCCUCUAUUCAUUUCAGUCCGGACUUGAGCAGCUCCAGGAUACACUCGAUACUCCCAUAUCAAGAUGGAAACGUGAAGUGGAUCCGAGCCAGGAGAUGCCUCACCACUACGCACCACUCGGUGGACCUGAUUUCUCGGUUGAAGAGACUGCCGUUGAAGAUAGGCCUGAGAGAACGGGAAACGUUUCCCGAGGCGCAUCUCCAAUCACUGAAUCAAACUUCGAUCAACAAGCGGCCUUCUCAGAAAGGCCAGUCGGCGAACAAGAGCACCAUGAGAUGAUGACGACGACAGCCCCAGCUGCGAGUCCCUCCACGACAAAGAUUUCGUCUGUCGUGAUUCAGUGCCUCAAAGAUUUAAACCGGCUUGUCUCCGAAGACUUGUCAUCGUUCGCGUCGGAAGUCCCGCCAGCGCUAUGGAAAGAUGAGCUUGGACGUUUGCGGGUUUGGGCUGCCAACAUUGGGGCACAUCAGGCCGGUCAAUUGUCGCUAGAUCAUCGACUACGAGAUGCAUCGCAUAUCAAAAACCAGACACUCCGCGUCCUUCAGCGGCUGCAGCGAACCACCGCAGAUAUCAACGAUGUUUUACAUCACUCAACCGAAGAUGACGAUUUCUCAGAUCUAAGCGAGGAUGAAGAUGAUGAUGAGCAUCGAACAGAAAUACAGUCCGUAUAUCAUGCUCUGCGUGAUACUAUCAACAACCUGUACCAGAUGUCCAUGGUCAUCCGGCAGCCAGCUCAACAUGAUCGCCUUCUUGGCACCAAAAGAUCAGAUGCAGUCUUUUUUGAACAUUUUGACUGGCUACAUGUCUCAUCAAAGUACCCGCAAGCGGGGGAGGAUAUUCUGAAACGUCUUGGCCUGGCAAUAUCACACCGUCGAGCCGUUAUGCGGUAUCGUGAGCGUCAUCGCACCAAACUCGGCCAGGGUCUCAGCCAGGUUAUGGAAGAUCAGCCAGACGGGCAGUCAGCCAAACUAUCAGAGACAGUCGCAACUGAAUUCGUGGAAGCUUUACCAGCGGAAAAGAGCGACUUAGAAUUCCUAACUGUCGCCUCACAAACAUCUUACGCUCAAACCAUAUUGAACGGGGCAGAAGGGACAGUUCUCCCGUCUCCCCCGAAAGAAGCAGCUGAUGGAGCUCCAUUUGAAUGUCCCUAUUGUUUUGUAAUCAUCACCAUCGCGAACCGGAGGGCCUGGGCUCGUCAUGUCUUUAAUGAUUUGAUGCCAUAUCUAUGUAUCUUCCCUAACUGUCCGACGCCACAUCGGCUGUAUGAAAGCCGCAGGGGUUGGUUUUCUCAUUUGCAGAGCCAACAUUCCGUAUCUGAAAGCCCAGGUGUGUACGUGGACUGCGCACUCUGCCUAUCUUCGGUUCCAUCUGGGAAGCAGCUUGAAAGACACGUGGGCCGGCAUCUUGAAGAGCUAGCACUCUUUGCGUUGCCGCGAUCUGAAGAAGACGACAAUGAAGGUGAAAUUCCUUCCGAUGCGGAUUCCGAUUCGCACGAUUCGGUUGUUGAGGGGCAAUGUCCCGAAUGUGGGCUAGUCUUCCACGACCUACGAGCUCACGCUAUGACGCACAACCAAUCUGAGCGGACAGAAAAGUGCCCGAUCGUAACGUGUGAAUACCACAUCAGGGGUUUCGCCCGUAAAUACGACAUGAUUCGCCACGCCCUGGUCCACUAUAAGGGUGUCAUGGUGUGUCCCUUUUGUCCAGGUCCUGGCACACCAAGAGAGAAAAGCUUCAAUCGGGCCGAUGUGUUCAAACGCCACCUUGUCGCCGUCCAUGGGGUAAUGCAUAUGCAACCAAACCAGCCUGACCACAGGCCGAAUCCCUCCACUAAGAUGGGUACGAACCUCACCAGCGAUUCCACUGGGAAUUGCUCUAUCUGCAAUGAAACAUUCGCAGACGCUCAGGACUUCUACAAGCACCUUGACAACUGUGUAAUGCUCAAGGUGAUGCAAGAGGAUCCCUCUGAGUCCAUCAACCACAUGCACCUCGCUAAUGUGAACGGUGAUGAAGAGACGAAUAAGACGCCGCAGCAUGCCUCCCCAGGCGCGGAUGACCCCGUCGACCAAGCAGACGAUAAGUACUCUCGCAUCCACCGUCGUUUGAGUCAAAUACCACCAUAUACCCCAUCAGCCUAUGCCCAGCAGCUGCUCAAUGAAGAGAUCGACGCGGCCAUUCCUCCUUCUGGCGUCAAGAGUGCGGCUUCGGAUGAGGGUUCUGAUACGUCGCACCACCUUCUGAGCGCGGAAGACCCAACCCCGCCAUACUAUAGCAACUAUUGGAAUGACCAUGGUCUAACUUCAGAACGAGACCCCCAGUCUGCCAGGGAGAACAACUUGCCUGGGGAAUCCAAUCUUGAGGUGCACAAGCCAGCAAUCAGUCAUACACUGGACUAUCUCGAGCAGCCCCCCUCCACGCAGCCAAUGCAUUGGGACCGCCAAUGGGACGCAGAUAAUAAUGAAACCAAUGAGAGUGAACCCGAUAUUAUCGUUAUUAAACACCGUGGAGCCACACAUCCGCUCCGCUUCCGCCCAUAUGCCAUUAAUAACGGUAUGGUCACUGUUGGCAUGUUGCGGCAGGAAGCUGGGAGGAUUGGAGCCACUUCUCCGGACCUUGUUAUGUUAUUGUAUAAGGGAAAGAUCUUAAGAGACGACAAUCAAACGUGCAAAGCAGAGGGACUCAGGCACAACUCAGAAGUACUAUUUGUCGUUAGCAGCCGCGGCAGUGCCACAGCCUCACGGAAAGAGGACGACAAGAACGUGACCUUCACGUUGAACGGAUCCCAAAUUCGAUUUACGUCUGAAGCAGUUGCAGGCAAAACUAUUAGCAUUCGUGCUGGGGAUACCGGGGCUGUUCGGUUGAACACCGGCGGCCCGCAGCCAUCCACGCAGCAUGUGAACGGUACCAGCUCUGAUUAUACGGGAGGCUCCAGCCUCCGGGAACUUGAAGAUGGGGUGCGACGUGGCCGGGAAGAUAGGCGGUCGGAACGAUCUAGUCGUCGAGAGAUGCAGUCGGCCUACAGGACAUACCUAGGUACACAGAGCGACUCUUCCCAUUAUGAAAGAGACAAUGUGAGCGUCUCGUCUCGAGGCCAAUACAAGGGUAAUAAGGACAAGAAGAAGAAGGCUGGACAUAUGUCCCCUCCUCAUGUUGAAACUGAAACCGCAUCAUUGCCCUUUCCCCCAUCACGGCACCCAUCGCCCGCUCCACCUAGCAACUCACUUCUGUCUCCACCGAAUCUAAAAACAAUGCCUACAGCGAUGGAGAAAGUGUCUGCCUUGACUGCGUAUUUCGAGGGUCAUAUCCUCCCACUUUGUGACGGAUACAUAGCCCAGCCGCCGGGCAAUAUCGAAACGCGGGAUUUCGAACAUAAGAAGCUGAGCGAGAUGGUGCUUAGGCAAGUGAUGUUGCCGGUUGAUGGAAUCCACCCGGAAGGCGAUGUGAACGUACGCAAUGCACGCAGGGCCCUCGUAAAACAAGCGCAUAGUGUUUUACGUCAUCUGGAUGCGGCGGCAAGAGCAUAG